GUGCGACGCUAUGUUUACCACGACGUUGUCCGAUUAGGCGAUCUCGAGAAGCUCAUCGACUGCUCCUAUAUUCAGCCCUAUACAAUUAACCAUGCCAAGGUUAUAUUCCUGAAUCAGAGGCCUCAAUCCAGGUCUUGUAAGGGCUCUGCCAAUAUGUGCUUCACUUGUGAUAGGAUUCUCCAGGAAUCUUUCCAUUUCUGCUCUCUUUCUUGCAAGGUUGAUUACAUGGUGUACCAAGGGCAAGAUCUUUCAAGCAUUCUCUUCAAGAUUCAUGAAUCCGAUUUCGCAAUUUCACAAUUCGAGGGACUAAGAGUUGAUGGUUCGGAGAUUAUCGACGACGAUGGUCAAAUUACACCCGACUCCAUCCUGGAGGAUCCAUUGCAGUACCAAAAUUCUUCGUGUUCCAAUGACAACAUGGGCAGUUCGGAGAUUUCACAUGCGCCGGUUGUGGUUAAUAAGAAGAAAAAGGGUUUUCUCCCUGGUAUUGUUCUGUCCCUCAGCAACAGGAGAAAGGGAGCUCCACAGAGGGCUCCUCUUUCUUAGAUUAAUGAUGGUGGGAUUAUUAACAAUAAGAUUAUCUAUAAAUACAUAUUUUUAAUUAAUUAGGGCGCUAAUAGGGUUGACGACGGUCGUGGUUUAAUUAAUUAAUCACGUGUAAUUCUAGCACGGUUAAUAUUUACAUCGGCGGGAUUUCAUUUUCCGUUCUUCUUAUUUUCGUUUCCGAAUUCGAUCGGAGCAUUUCCGUUACUGACCUUAGGUGAAUGUAAAGAGGCUUAAGCCAAAUUGUUGGCUAGUCUCUUGAUUUCAUCAAUUUUGUACUUGGAUCAUGUAAUGGAACUUGCAAGUAUAUAUAUGUUAUUUCUCUUAAUUAAUUGUC